CACUAAUCAUCUUCCCUGCGACAUCCUCCGCACCAACUAACCUCCCGAAUGGAGCCGUCUGGCUCCUUGCCUCCACCUUCCCCUUACACCUUCCCCAUCCUCCCCAACCUGUCCCUGCCUUCCUCCGCCCCCUCCACCUCUCCCAGCCUGGCCUCCACAGCUCUGUUCUGCUCGCUCCUGUCCCUGCUCUCCCUUCUGGGCAUCAUAGGGAACUUGUACACUCUGGUGCUCCUCCUGAGGCGCAGGAGGGGCAGGAGGAGAAGCCGGGUGGGACUAACCUGCUGCUUGAUGAGAGUACCCGCGCCCUCGUGCCUGGCCGACCCUUCCCCCGGCUCCCCUUCCUCCUCGCCGCUCUCCUCCACCACCUCCUCGUCCUCCCUCCACCUCCAGGUGCUGAGCCUGGCUCUGGCCGACCUGCUCUACCUGUUCACCGCCCCCUUCAUCGUCUAUGACAGUCUGGCGUCCGGCUGGGCCUUCGGCGAGCUGGGCUGCCGCCUCCUCCUGAGUCUGGACCUCCUCACCAUGCACGCGUCCAUCUUCACGCUGACCGCCAUGAGCCUGGACCGCUACCGGGCCGUAGCACACCCGCUGCACACCUCCUCCACUAACUCCUCGGGCCUGCUGAGAGUAAGCUUGGCCUGGGGGCUGGCUGUGGCUCUGAGCCUUCCCAUGAUGAUCACCCUGCACCUGGAGGACGGGGAGGACCAGGAGGGCCAGCUGUGUGUGCCCGCGUGGGAUGAGCAGAGCUCCAAGGCCUACCUAAGCGUGCUCUUCUGCACGAGCAUUCUUGGCCCUGGCCUGGCUAUCGGGGCUCUCUAUGCUACGCUCGGCCGCCUUUAUUGGGUGUCUCAAACCCGUGCCCCAUGGGGUACCGGAACCAGCACUGCUUGCCCUGCCCGCGCUCCAAAACCCAAAGUCCUGCUCCUCAUCUUGGGCAUCGUCCUGGCAUUUUGGGCCUGCUUUCUCCCUUUCUGGAUCUGGCAGCUCCUGCCUCUGUACCAGCCGGAUAUGCUAAGGACGGUACCGGUGGGCACGCAGGUCACGGUCAACCGGAUCCUCACGGGACUGACAUACGGAAACUCUUGCGUGAAUCCAUUCUUUUACACACUACUGACCGGCAAAAGAAGACGCAACCGGCAGACGCUGACGUCGGCAAAUCAGCUUUGCCGCAAGAGCAGUCCGAUGCGGUAAAGGUUCUGGAACUGACUUACGCGACAACCGUACAGUAUGUGUGUUUUCUCACAAAGAAGCCAAACGUGCUAUAAUUUCGUACUUUUUCAGUUUUCACAAUGGACACCACCAAAGACCAAUAAUUAUAUUUGUGUCAGUCAGAACAGAACUGUUUGAAGAACACAUUUUGUUUUAUAAACAGUGCAAAGACGACAAUCUAAGUCAGGCAGUGGGGUCCAGAAUGUGUCCUGUAGCUCAAACAAGAAAUCUAAGAAAUUCAUAUAAUACACAUCCAUAACACAAAUCUGAGAUCCAGGCUGGUUUUCUUUCAAAUAUCUACAGGAGGUCCUCGCUUUAAAAAACACAAAUGAUGUUCCUACAAUUCAUUUUGUGGGACUCUCCCUUAGAGAUAGGGUGCGAAGUUCUGUCAUUCGGGAGGCGCUCAUAGUAAAGCCGCUGCUCCUCCACAUGGAGAGGAGCCAGAUGAGGUGGUUCAGGCAUCUGGUCAGAAUGUGGAUGUGUUUAGGGCUCAUCCGACCGGUAGGAGAUCACGGGCAAGACCCAGGACACGGCGGGGAGACUAUGUCUCCCGGUUCGCCUGAGAACGCCUCGGGGUCCCCUGGGUAGAACUGGAUGAAGUGGCUGGGGAGAAGGCAGUCUGGGCUUUUCUACUUAGGCUGCUGCCCCUGCGACCCAACCUCGGAUAAGUGGAAGAAGAUGGAAGGACGGCAAUUCAUUUGAUGUCCAAUUUUAGCGUCGGAACUGAUCACCAAAGUCACUCAGGUAAAGGGGUCAUUUUAUGAUUUUUGUCUACACAACAUGUAAUGAUGGUUCUUUGGUCCAAAUUCUGCAUAGAUUAUGCUGUAGAGACCGACCUUCAAGCCACUUUUUGGCAGAGUAGUUGGAUCCAAAUGAAGCCCUCCUUACCGAACCCCCUUGUUUUGUCCCCGCCCCGGCAGCCAAGUUUAGUUGUUGUUUUAUUUGCUUUGCUCAAACGGGUGACAGCCUGCAGUCGUCUGUUUUGAGUGACUUUCACCACAAAAAAACAUUGCAAAUGAUAUAGAGAGACCAGAGGCUC